CCUGGACGGCAUUUUAGAAUGACUAAGUCAAAUUCCUGUGAAAUCGUUAAUUUUGUUGAUAUUUUUCAGACAGAAAAAUAGAUGUACUUAAAUGUUCAAAAACGGUUGGCAGUGUACAUGACUUCCUUUACAAACCGAUUUUAGUAAAACCGGAAGUGCGAGAGAAGACAUUUGUUCCAAGACACUUAUCAGAAUCUACAACAUUUUAAAGGUAGAGAGUCAGCUGUGUCAGUCAUGUCGGCACUAAGCAGCAGGGACCCGUCAUCGUUUUCCAAUCCAGAUGAGAUACGGAUGGAACACAUUCACCUCAACCUCACCAUAAACUUUGAUAAACACACGCUAUCUGGACACGCACAGCUCACGUUUGUUAGAGAAAAACCUGAGGCAGAAUAUAUUAUCCUGGACACCCGGGAACUGACAAUCACGUCAGUGAGGGAUGUAGGAAGUAAUGAAGAUCUUGAGUAUGAGCUGGCAGAACAUGUGGUAACAUUCGGCUCCAAACUUACAGUCAAGUUGAAUGAUAAGGAACCAGAGCACACCAUUGAGAUAGAGUAUGAAACAUCUCCAGAAUGCAGCGCGCUGCAUUGGAUCAGGCCUGAUCAAACUUUGGGGAAGAAACAUCCAUACCUGUUCAGCCAGUGUCAAGCCAUACACUGUCGGAGUGUUGUUCCAUGUCAAGACACGCCUAGCAUCAAGUGUACAUACACUGCAAAUAUACGUUCCCCGCCUGGCAUUAAAGUUCUGAUGAGUGCGUUGCUAGAGGAAUCGGAAAAGACAGAAGAAGGUCAUUCAGUGUCCAUGUUCCGACAGUCAGAGAUGAUGCCUAGUUGUCUACUUGCAAUUGUGGCAGGAGAUAUUGUGUCCAGAGAAAUUGGACCGCGUAGUAAGAUUUGGGCAGAGCGGGAAAUUUUAGAUAGAGCCGCUUAUGAAUUUGCAGAGACUGAGGACAUGUUGCAAGUCGCUGAAGAACUUCUUGGACCGUAUGUGUGGGGACGUUAUGACAUGAUUGUUCUACCACCAUCAUUCCCCUAUGGAGGCAUGGAAAACCCGUGCAGAACAUUCGUCACUCCAACCCUACUGGCAGGAGAUCGGUCCCUGGCUGACGUUAUAGCUCAUGAGAUAGCACACAGCUGGACGGGAAACCUGGUCACAUGUAAAACAUGGGCUCACUUCUGGUUGAAUGAGAGUUACACGGAGUUCAGCGAGAGGAAGAUAGUGAGUGAUUUGAAGGGUGGGGAAAAGUUUCGGCAGUUCCUGGCCCUUCGAGGAUGGAAAAUUCUCUGUGAAACUGUGGAUGAAUUAGGUGAGGACAGUGAGUUUACAAAGCUGGUUCCCAACAUGGACGGUGUGGAUCCGGAUGAAUCUUUCUCCUCCAUUCCUUAUGAGAAAGGCCAUGCCCUACUUUUCUACUUAGAGCAACUGCUUGGGGGGCCAGACGUGUUCGAGCCAUAUGUGAGGGCAUAUAUUGAUGAGUUCAAGUACAAGUCAAUUACAACACAGGACUGGAAAGAUUUCCUCUUUAAUUACUUUAAAAAAGAGGUGGCUGAGGGGAAGUUAGAUGGCGUUGACUGGGAAGGCUGGCUGUAUAAAAAAGGGGUCCCACCACAAAAACCAAAUUAUGACACAACUAUGAUGGAAGAGUGUGUAGAGCUGAUGAACCGCUGGCUCAAUGCUUCCGAUGACAACUUGAAGCAGUUCAAAUUCUCCAACAUUGCAGAUUUCCAUUCCCUGGAGACAGAACAGUUUCUCUCUGGCUUCGCAGAUCAUGAUCCUAUUUCACACAAAAAACUGGUUCGCAUGGGCGAUGUAUACAAGUUCAAGAGAACAGGCAAUUCUGAGAUAAAGUUCAGAUGGCUGAAGCUGUGUAUCCAAGCACGAUAUGAGCCCGCCAUAAGUGAAGCGCUGAAGUUCGUGACAGACCAAGGCAGAAUGAAGUUUGUUCAACCAAUCUACACAGACUUGUAUGAUUGGGAAGUAAGCAGACAACGAGCUAUAGACAACUUCCUUGCCCAUCGUCAGGAGAUGCACAACAUCACCGUCAUAAAACUGGAGCGUGAUCUAGGACUUGAGGAAAAUUAAACUGACUUUCAGAUGAUUUAAGGAUUUUCACUUGGCUGUUAGCCUUAUAUAAAAAAAUGUUUACAUUUAUUGACCAUAUUGCUUUGAACCAACUUCAUGUUCUUUCUUGUGCUAUGGCUUAUAUACUGUUAACCUUUGUAAGCCUCAGUGAUUUAAACCAACUUCUGGAUCUUAGCUUGCCUGAACAAUAAAUAUGCCUUGUUGUUUUGUAAAUUAGCUUUUAGAUAUUUCCUGUCCCAUACCUUAGACAUGUCAACUGUCACCAAAUAUACUAACAAACUUAAGCUUAUCAUAUUGUCCAAUCUUUUGUAUGUAAAGUUUAUGUUUGUAGGUAUCUUAUACAGUAUUUUUUGUGUGCUUGGUCUCCACAAAUUGAUAUACAAUGAUACGGGUCAAUACAGCAUGACAUUAUGUCUGAGUUAUAACUGUGUGACUGAAUGUGUCUCCAUCAUGACAGCGUGACAUAUUGUGUCUCAAUCAAGGUAGAGUGACAUUUUGUGUCUCGGUCAAGACAUUAUGAUGUAUUGUGUCUCGGGCAAGACAUGACGACAUAUUGUGUCUCGGUCAAGACAUUACGACAUACUGUGUCUCGGUCAAGACAUGACGACAUAUUGUGUCUCGGUCAAGACAUUACGACAUAUUGUGUCUCGGUCAAGACAUUACGACAUAUUGUGUCUCGGUCAAGACAUUACGACAUAUUGUGUCUCGUUGCAAAUAUCGAUGGAUUUUGUUUUCAAGUUCGAUUAAAUCACAACACUGAAUGUACUUAUGUGCUAUAGUUACUAAAAAAGAUUACAAAUAUUUUUUGUUGACACCAUUUAUUUCAAAUUUAACAUCUUAAGAACCCUUCAAGAUAAUCAAGUUCAAACUUUCAAUACUAAGAGUAAUAAUAAGCUUUUUUCCACAUAUCAAAUUGUUAUUUUUUUUUACAUUUUCAUUCAAGAUGGCAAAUCAGUAUAUAAUUUAUUAUAUCACUUGGCAAUUAAAAUUUUUGGUAAAUUGAUUAUUUUUAUUAUGUCCAUUACUGAAUCUAAUUCGUUGAUACAUAAAAUAUACAUUUGAAAAGCUAUGAGAUUAUUAAAAAAAAAAUGGUGUUUAAAAAAAAACAACCAUAAUAGUAUCAGUUUUACUUCCAUCCAUUUAACUCAUAUUGUACUAUUUUAAAUGAGCUUUUGCUAUGGUGAUACAUGCAUGUAUUUAACUAUACAAUGACUUCUUUUGAAGACAUUAAAAAAAGUUAAGUGUUCUUUCUUGGUAAUACUUCUUACAGAAGCUUUUGAAGUUAAUUAUUGACCAUUAUUAGUGAUUUUUUUCAGAAUUUUUGCCUAGUGACUGUAUAGUGUAUUUGAUCCAUGAUCCAGUAUUAAAGAUCUUCAAGGGACUCGUUCACAGAUUAUAUGUUGAUUUUAUUAUUUUUAGAUUGUUGAAAUUGAGUUAUUUUACUUAAUUUCAUGACUAAGACCAAACAGUUGCCGGAUACUCAUUUUAACAGAAUAAGGUAAAUCCAAGCCUUAAUUGAUUCAAUUUAUAGUAGCGUUACUAACGCUUUUUGGCAAAAUUGAGCUUCUUUUGUCAUAUUUUCCAAUAAUUAUUAAGAAUAGAGCUCAUUUUGAAAUUUGUAGAAAUUUUAUCAUUGCUACAAACAUUUCACAUGAAAUAAAAAGAAAUCAAUAAUGUCUGACCCUAUAAGACAUGAACAAGUCCCUUUAUGCCAUCUUAUACUUGUAGCUAUUAGUGCCAUCAUUAAGUGCUAUAUUAUGCUAGAAUGUAUAUGUUCUGUGUAUCGCUUGUUAAUGUUAAACAUUGUAAAUUUAACCUGUUUUCACUGACUUGAUAUUGAUCUUUUUUUACACAUUAAAUGAUAACAUCAUCGCUUUGCGUCAUAUCAUAUGCGGCAUUAUUCGUCAAGAGAUGGUGAUUUUUUUACAUAGAUAUAUAUAUGUAUAAAAUAUAACAUUUUACUCCCUCUGAAAGAUGCUGCUAGCUGUGGUAAUACAUGAGACUAAUACUCCUAGGUUAUACUACAGCAGCUAAGUGUAUAAAACAUUGAUAAGUUGUCCACAGGUAAUCUUUCAGCUUGUCCAAUGUUUUAAAUGUUUUGAUCGGUUAAUAUUAAUUGUGGGCAGAUAACUUUGACCAAACCAAAGAAAGUACUAUUUUUAUAUAAUUGGCUACUGCUCAUAAAUUCAUGGUGAAGUUUAUUUUAUAAUAGAUAGAAUGUUGAAAAUACACCUUGUUAUGUACUUAUUCUCUUAAAUCAUGGCUACAUGUAUGUAUUAUGGUAUCCUAUAGAACAAACUAAUAGUGUGUGCAAUGUAGUUUGAAUUUUUCCUUAUCUAAUUAAAACUUUGUGUUCA